GUCAUUUUCUCCUUCGUGCCUGUGGCCGCCGUGCGUUGUGAGUGUUGGUGUGUGUUUGUCGGUGAAUGUCAGACGGUGACGGUUGUUGCUCGCUGUAUAGUCCGCUGGGAUGGUCGUCAAACUUCCAUGGCCGUGGACUCCGUGACCAAUCGCCAGGCGAGAGAUCUCCUCACUGACAACAUCGCCCUCAAGUCCAGGCAAGGAGCCCGUUUGCGACAUUCCAACGACGUGGAGGUUACGGUAGAGCCUGCUAGAAAUCGGAAGUCCAAGGGUCGGGAUUCAAUCAGUCGCGACUCUGGUGACGACUUCGAAGAUUCCGAGGCAGCGUCGCUCCUCGAUUCUGGCUCAGCGUGUUCUCGCCGCCGGAAGAACAAAAGGUUCGCAUACAACAAAAGGUCGCAGAAUAUCUCACUCAGACUAAAGCAACGCUGCUGUAGCAACCCAUCCAGCUGGCUCUGUUGUCUGUUCUGUUUUUGCUGUACGAACAUGCGAGGCUCGCCACUGUCCUGGUGCUUCUCGUGUUUCCGGAAGACGGAACCACAGUCGCGUCAGGUGUUCCUUAGUCGCGAGAGUACCGAUCAGAAAUUCCCCGCCAACAAAGUUCGAAAUCAGAAGUACAACAUCUUGACGUUUGUACCGUUAGUUCUGUACCACCAGUUCAAGUUUUUCCUCAAUCUCUACUUCCUCGCUGUCUGUCUCACCCAAUUGAUUCCUGAUCUCCGAAUCGGCUACGCCUACACCUACUACGGUCCGCUGGUGUUCGUGCUGUGCGUAACGUUGAUUCGAGAAGCCGUCGACGACUAUCGACGAUAUCGACGCGACAUAGAAAUCAAUUCCCGCAAAUACAAAAAACUCACCACCGAUGGAGUCAUCGAGGUGCACUCAGCACACAUCAAAGUAUCGGACCUCAUCAUCGUGGAGAAAAAUCAAACAGUUCCCGCGGAUAUGGUUUUCCUACGGACGACAGAACGCAACGGAACCUGUUUCAUUCGAACCGAUCAGCUAGACGGUGAAACUGAUUGGAAACUGCGACUCGCUGUCGGAACAACCCAAAACCUCCAGCACAUGGAGCAACUCGUGCAACUGGAUGCCUCGAUCUACGCUGAGGCCCCGAAGCGGGCCAUCGAUCACUUUGAAGGCACUUUCAAGCGACACGACCACGAGAAUCAUGAGGAACCCCUCGCUGUGGAAAACACGCUCUGGGCCAACACCGUCGUGGCUUCAGGAACAGCUGUCGGAUGCGUCAUCUACACCGGAAUUGAGACCAGAUCUAUGAUGAACAACAACGAGUCCCGAAGCAAGAUCGGUUUGUUGGAUGAAGAAAUAAAUUCGUUGACGAAAGUUUGUGUCGCCGCCGUCAUCGUUCUGGCGCUGGUCAUGGUCAUCUUGAAGGGAUUCGACGGUCCGUGGUGGAACUACCUGAUCCGAUACAUUCUCCUGUUCUCGUACAUCGUCCCAAUCUCACUGCGGGUUAACCUGGAUAUCGGAAAGGUGUGCUAUUCGUAUAUGAUCCAGGCUGACGGGCGGAUACCCAAUACCGUAGUGAGGUCAACGACGAUCCCUGAAGAGCUCGGGAGAAUCAAUUACUUGCUAUCGGACAAGACUGGAACCCUCACGAAAAACGAGAUGAUCUUCAAACGGCUCCACGUCGGUGAUCAAGGUUACGGCGCCGAAGGCUUCGAGGAAAUCCGCACGAUCCUAGCCCACUGGUACGACCCGGCAGGCAACCGCGAGCUGCUCACCAUGCAACCAUCCACCUCGAGGGUGACGAAGAAGAGCAAAGCGGUCAAAGUUCACGACGCCGUGUGGGCUCUAGCCCUGUGUCACAACGUUACGCCCGUGUAUGACAAUGCCAGUGGUCAAUCAUCAGACACUGUGAUGAUGGAUCGCCAUUCGAAAGGUCAAAUGGCAGGUAUGGAGGAUCAUUUGGACACCUCGUCGUCGUCGUCUUCGACUCCACUUCGGUGUCCUGUGUCGAAUUUCGGCAGCGUCGAGCCUUGCGACAAACAGGCGGUCGUGUACCAAGCCUCAUCGCCGGACGAAGUCGCUCUUGUCGAGUGGACCGAAUGCGUUGGGCUCACCUUGGUUUCGAGAGAUAUCACUCAGAUGAAAUUGAAGACACCCCACGGGAACAAACUCACGUACACUAUUCUCGAAACUUUCCCAUUCACAUCGGAACGCAAGAGAAUGGGAAUUAUCGUCCGGGAAGAAAAUAGCGGAGAAAUCACGUUCCUCAUGAAGGGUGCCGACAUGAUCAUGUCGCAAAUCGUGCAGUACAACGAUUGGUUGGAAGAAGAAUGCGACAACCUCGCUCGCGAAGGUCUGCGGACUUUGGUCGUCGCGAAGAAGAGUUUGACCGAGGAAAUGUACGCCGAAUUCCAGACCAGGCUACACAAAGCGAAAGUGGCGAUGCAGGAUCGCCAAGAGCGGGUUAACGAAGUUCUGAUGAGCCUCGAGAAAGACCUCGAGCUCGUCUGCUUAACAGGCGUCGAGGAUCAGCUUCAGAAAGACGUGAAACCGACGCUGGAGCUCCUUUCGAACGCUGGCAUCAAGGUUUGGAUGUUGACGGGUGACAAACUCGAGACGGCAACCUCGAUUGCGAAAUCAUCCCGCCUGGUGUCGAAGAUGAAGGAUGUGCACGUUUUCGAUACAGUAACCGAUCGAGUCAGUGCCCACGAAGAAAUGAACGCAUUCCGCAAGAAGAACGAUGCAGCUCUAGUCAUCAGCGGCGACUCUCUCGAGAACUGUCUCAAACACUAUGCCAAAGAGUUCAUGGAACUCGCUUGCCAGUGUCCCGCGGUCGUUUGCUGCCGCUGUUCCCCCACCCAGAAGGCGCAGGUGGUCGAGUUGAUAAAACGGCAUACCCAGAAACGUACAGCAGCUAUAGGAGACGGAGGCAACGACGUCAGCAUGAUCCAAGCAGCUGACGCAGGAAUCGGUAUCGUGGGUAAAGAAGGACGUCAGGCGUCUCUGGCGGCUGAUUUUUCGAUCACGCAAUUCUCACACGUUAGCCGACUACUUCUCGUCCACGGAAGAUACAGUUACAAGCGAUCCGCAGCCCUAUCUCAGUUCAUCAUCCACCGAGGACUCAUCAUCUCGGUGAUGCAGGCUGUCUUCAGUUCGGUAUUCUACUUCGCAUCGGUGGCCUUAUACCAAGGAUUCCUGAUGGUCGGCUACGCCACGGUGUACACCAUGUUCCCUGUGUUCUCCCUGGUGCUCGACAAAGACGUCACGCCGGAGACGGCUCUGACGUACCCCGAGCUAUAUAAAGAAAUGGGCAAAGGGCGCUCCUUGUCUUAUAAAACGUUCUUCAUCUGGGUGCUGGUCAGCAUCUAUCAGGGCGCCAUCAUCAUGUACGGUGCUCUCGUGUUCUUUGAAGACGAGUUCAUACACAUCGUGGCGAUAUCCUUCACGGCUCUGAUCCUCACUGAGCUGCUCAUGGUAGCUUUGACAAUCCGAACGUGGCAUUGGUUCAUGUUGGCAGCCGAACUGCUAUCGUUAGGGAUCUACGUCGCGUCACUCUUCAUUCUGAAAGAGUCCUUUGACGUAAACUUCAUCCAGAGUCCUCAGUUCCUCUACAAGGUGAUCCUGGUCACCCUUGUUUCGUGUCUACCAUUGUAUGUCCUGAAAUAUCUGCAUCGGAAAGUCGCACCGACAUCGCUGACUAAAUUGCAGCAGUAGACUCCGGGUUUUAAUGGGAGUUUUCGAAAGUAAUGAAGGUAUGAAAGUAAUGAGAGUAUUGAGAAUAAAAUUCAUUGUGAUAUCUGUUUAAAGA